AUGUGGCGACGAACAUACUUACUGUUACUGUUGAUUCGCGUGUACUUUGCGCUGUCCCCCAGCUAUCUACAUCCCGAUGAGAAUUUCCAGGGCCCUGAGCUCUUUGCAGGUCGCAUAUUCUCAUUUCCUUCGAAGCUACCAUGGGAAUUCACUGUUGAACACCCCAUUCGCAGUAUAUUCCCACUAUGGGCGACCUACGAGCUGCCGAUGACCCUCUUGAAAUGGUUCUAUACCGAGAUCGAAGAGGGGACCGCCCCACCCCACUUGGUCUACUAUGCGCUACGCGGUGGAAUGUUCUUGUUAAGCUUCGUGUUGGAAGACUGGGCAAUCUAUGAGCUAGUACCUUCCCCGCGUCACCGGCGCGCGACGGUGGUGUUGGUGGCAUCGUCGUAUGUCACCUGGACAUAUCAGACGCACACAUUCUCCAAUAGUCUCGAGACCCUGUUGGUUGCUUGGGGGUUGGUGCUGAUUCGGCGCAUUGUUGAGAACAAGCGACACUCCCACUUCUUCUCCCAUGCUGUACUCGCCUUCAUCGCCGUGCUGGGUGUUUUCAAUCGCAUCACUUUCCCGGCCUUCCUGCUAUUCCCCGGUCUGCAAUUGCUUCCUCAGUUCUUGCGCAAACCUGCCUCGCUUGUGACAUUCUUAUUCUUCGGCCUUUUCUUCUCGUUUGUCGCAGUUUACACCGACACAACCUUCUAUCGACCGACAGCAUCCCUCUGCGAUACACUCCGCAACCCCAUCAUAACCCCUCUCAACAAUCUCCUCUACAAUAGCGAUACCUCCAAUCUAGCCCAGCACGGCCUCCACCCGCAUCAUCAACACUUCACCGCCAAUCUGUUCCAACUGCUCGGCCCAGCCUACAUAGUCAUGUUGGUUUCCCUCUUCAACUGGUCGCUGGUGCCAUUAUGGAUGCGCAAUGUGCGCGCCCUCUCCGCCCUCUCCGCAACAAUGCUCCUCUCACUCUUCCCUCACCAAGAACCACGCUUCCUUCUCCCAGCUGUGCCUCUCCUCCUCAGCUGCGUUCCGCUGCGUCGCUCUCGCUUCCUCCUCGGUGUAUGGGUUAUCUUCAACGCAGCCAUGGGCUUCCUUAUGGGCAUCUAUCACCAAGGCGGCGUGGUCCCCACGCAGCUAGCGAUGCGCGAUAUCGUCUCGGCCAGCACAACCCACCACUUACCUUCAGCAACCGUGUUCUGGUGGAAGACAUACUCUCCGCCGCUGUGGCUUCUCGGUGGACACAACCAAUCCACAGAUAUCCAGACGGUGGAUCUAAUGGGUAUACCGGGAGUGGAUAUGGUACAGCAGCUGGAGCAGAUUGUACCAGACUGCUUGAACCCGUCUUCCGUGUUCCUAGUCGCGCCUAUCUCGGCCGACUUCCUCGAUCAAUACUCCGUCACUACUAGCCAGAGCCAGGACCAGAACUUGCGACUCCAUCCAGUCUGGUCCUACCGCCAGCAUCUGAACCUAGAUGACAUGGACUUUGGCGACGACGGGAUCAUACCGACCCUGAAACGGGUCGUUGGUCGUCGUGGACUGGGAGUUUGGUCUGUGCGACGACCGUGCAAAUGA